CGGCCGUACGGUUAGAUAGGUGCAAGAAACCUGUUGCGUCGGACCUGGGCACGCGGUGAUAGCACAGCGGGUGGUAAGAGUUUAACAAGCCGUGAGGCUCGCUCACUGUUGGCACAAAAACUUAUCCCUGGAGUUUUGGGGGGUCUCUCGAUAUAGAGCCUAUUUCGUAAAUAUUAACAUAAACGGUUUAUUGAGUUACUUUUAUUUACAAUCUGUGUGAGGAAUUUUGGUAACUGAAGACUGAAUAUUUCUUUAUUGUUCAUUGAAUCUCUCGAAACCUAAUAAAACAGAAACUAAAAGAAAAACGAGAUUUUUUUUUCGAGAAGCUUGAGACUCUGAUAUUUUUUUUUUUUUAGGGUUCCACGUGUGCCAUUUAAAGAUAGAAAAAUUGCUCAUGUUGGCUCUCAAUUAAUAGCGGCAUCUGACAUGUCGAGCUACGGGACAAUUACCGACCCUUUGCCGACGUUACCCAACUAUGGAACCGGAGAUGAUAUGUUAGAAGUACAGAUGUCUAUUUCAACAAGUCCGCUAUCUCUCACUUCGGUUCACGCUAACCCUAAUAGUCCUUUAAGCUGCGUCUCCACGAACUGUAACACUAGCGGUCAGCACUGGUCAUCACAGUUUGAUCCGACGGGCCUUAUGAUGAACUUCAACACUCUAACAUCUACACGGGACGUCCCAGGAUGUGAAUCGUCUCCUCUUCCGGCGACUCAGCAAGAUGUCAUGGGAGGAAGUCACCUCAGUAAUUUUGGUGGGGCUCGUCCACCAUCCGUCCCCGGCCUGAUGUGUGACUUCGACUCCCUCCAUUCUACGCCCUCCCCAGUCGACCUACCGCUCGCUCAACCACAGGCACAACGGCAGCCACAAAUUGGGAAGUCGGGCCGAAAUCAGGGAUGUCAGGAACAGCGAAUUCGUCGACCCAUGAAUGCUUUCAUGGUAUGGGCAAAGUCCGAGCGGAAACGACUAGCUGACGAAAAUCCAGACUUGCACAACGCCGACCUGAGUAAAAUGCUUGGUAAGAAAUGGCGUGGCCUGACGCCACAAGAACGACGACCAUACGUAGAAGAAGCUGAGAAGUUGAGGGUUCAACACAUGAAGGAGUACCCCAAUUACAAAUACCGCCCUCGCCGAAGAAAACAGAAUUCAAAAAGAGGGGGACGAAAAGGCAGCUCAAAUUCUCCUGUUCCGCCAUCACCCAUGAUGAACACCAAGUACAAAAUGACCUCUAGGCCAAACGGAUAUACUCAACCAUACCAGCAUCUUCAUGGCAUAGGAUGGUCAGCUAACCAACCGGGGCCUUCACCCUUGGGAAACGUAGAGUUUUGUGGUGUACAAACUCCAGAUUCUUCCCCGAAUGGAAGUCCUUGUUCCGAAACAGCUCCGAAAAUGACUAAUCACCUAAGACCCCCGGACUACUGUGAAGUAUCGACUUUGCCAAAUGUUAGUGUCGAGUCUAUACGUUCAUUGCCAACACCAGAAAUGUCCCCGAUGGAACCCGAAACAGAAAACCUUUCCUUGCAUCGCGUGAAGGAAGAACAAAACCCAUGCAACCCAGUAGGCCAGCUCAUAGCAAAAUUCAGCGACUCUUCAAACUUCCUAAAAGGAGUCAGGCCUCCGUUUCGACACCGCAUGAACAUGAACGGUGCACAUAAUCUAAACAUGUUAGAUCCAAACUUUAGAGCCUUGGGGCUUUUUAUGGAUCAUGGUGAUCCAAGCUUUUUUAAUCUUGAUACACACGAAUCCCUCAAUCAAAAUCAUAUUCCCUAUUCGGCACCAGGGGAGCCUUCAUUGCCAAUGAAGUCACCAUAUGAAACGCAACGUCUGCAUUGUGCCUUAGAAAACAACACGGACAUUUUUUCGAUGUAUAGACCACGUACCAUAUCUUUUCAAAACUCUCCAGAACAUUCCCUACCUACUAAUGUUCCAACGUCAUUAGAUUCCCGUACUCACUACCAACAGUUUCCAGGAUCUGAUCCUAACUGCUAUUCACAACAUUACAUGGAUUUCAUGGAUAUGGAACAGGAUCUAAAAGAACCUUUUACUCUUUCUGCUCCUGCUAAUCACCCUUCGUCUUCCUAUCAAGCGGAAAUGUGUUCUUUUGAUGGUUCUCAGGGAGUGUCUUUCCAGAGAGCGUGUGACGAACAAACGACCCCGCGGUUUCCGUAUAACCAAACUGACCGUUUUCACUGCCCAACUAGCAGCCAACUGCAAGCUGUUGUUUCUUCUUGUCCCAUCUAUAGUGGUGCAAAUGUGAAUUCCCCAAUGGAGCAAAGUGGUCCUCCAGGAGAAAGUUACGGUGUCAUCGCUGCGUUGGAGGAAACACGACAGAUAUUUUUGUGAAGUAAAAGAACGUUUAAGUAUAGCACCUAUAAAUGUCUAAAAGGUUUUUAAGUAAUGUAAAAGUGUAUAUUAUGACAUUUAUCGUGGUCCAAACAAAAAACAAUGUUGCCUGUUAACAGUAUGUUUUGGGCACUCGCGAAACCAUUCGUGCCUAAUGUAAUUGCACUUUUGAGAGUAAUAGCUUAAGUAUGUGUUCAAUGGAUCAUUCAGGGCGAUGGCUACGUAUUCACUCUGUCAGUGAAUAUAUUUGUUCACGUCUAAUUCGUACAGGUGGCGUGAUAUAACACACAGCAAAGCUAUAAGCUAUUCCGUCCAGUUUCCUAUUAAGAUUUUGCUCAAUUGAGUAUGCUUUAAAAAUAAGGAAAGUAUUGUGUAUUUGUGUAUUUGAUACUUCUUUUACUCAGCACAUUUUACUGGUGAAGGUUUAAAGAUAUAAAGUCUAUACAAGUUUAUUUACUGAGUUUGAAGUUAUUGGCUAUCUUUGCUGUGAUAACGUAACUCGAGUUAACUUGAAAACAAUUUUAACAAGUCGAUCUUUGAAAUUUACAGUGAAGAUUCGAAAUUUACAACUAGUCAAUAAAAACACAAUCUAUAAAGAGGGACUUCCAUGAAUAGUAGGAAAUAGUGUAAGAGAAUGAAAAAUUAUAACGACCAUAACACAUAAAAAGAUUACUCCAGAGUGUAAUUUUGAAAACAUUUGCUAAUCACAAAUGUUACACAUAAAUGGAUUAAUCUCUUUGAAUUUUUUCCUGUUAUGUGUUCAAAAUU